AUGGGCGAGCCGGAGGUGCGCGCCAAGCGGGCGAACUCCCUGGCAGGGCAGAUGUUCAAGGCGGUGCUCGCGGACUCGUCCUCCGACGAGGAAGCGCUCGUCGACGCGCCCGCGGCGGCCGUCGCGCUGGCGCCGGACGACGCGGAGGCAGCGGCCGCGGUGGACGACGCGGCCGCCGCCGCGGUGGACGACGACGCGCCCGCGAAACCGAAGGUCGCCUUCGCGGCGCCGGCCGAGCCGCCGGCCGAGGACAAGCGCGCGUCGCUCCGGGCCUUCGGCCAGCAGCAGAGCGCCAAGUACCUCGACACCAACUUUGCGCGGGAGCCGUCGCGCCUGCGCACGGAGACCUUCUCGGCGACGCUCAUCGACCAGCGCAUGCGCCGGUCCAUCUACAUCGACCGCGAGCGGUCCGACGUGGGGCUCUUCGACAGCCCCAUGGAGGACGUGAGGAUGGUCCUCGAGCGCGAGGCGGCGAACGAGAGCCCGUCGGCGCGGCGGCGCGGCGAGCGGUGCUGCUUCGGCCUGCUCCCGGCGCCGCCCCUCGUCCAGCCGGACUCGAAGCUGCACGUGCGCUGGGACGUCGCGCAGGUGUUCUUCUUGGCGUACGUCGCGACGAUGGUGCCCGUACGCGUGGCCUUCGAGUGGCCCGCGCUGGGGCUCUUCCUCUGGCUGGAGCUGCUCAUCGACGUCUAUUUCUGGCUCGACAUCGUCGUGAACUUUUUGACGGUCGUGCACAUCCGCAAGGGCUUCGAGCUGACGAUGGUCACGGACCGCGCGGGCCGGGGCAGGAAACGAGUGCGAACUUCCGAACUUCAAAGGAUCCUCUCUCGGUCGUUUUCCGCUCGCGCGGGCAUCGCGUGGCACUACGCGCGGACGUGGUUCCUCCUGGACCUCGUGGCGUGCCUGCCCGUGGGCUACGCCUACAGCAUCAAGAUGUACGGCUUCAAGGAGCUCAAAUGCAACCUGGCGCCGCCGCUGGGCUGCGGCCGGGGCUUCGCGGGCGGCGGCGGCGCGCGCGAGACGAGCGGCUCGGCGUUGCGGCUCGUGAAGCUGCUGCGCAUCUUCCGCCUGCUCAAGCUCGUGCGCCUGGCGCGGCUGAGCCGCUUGUUCGAGAAGUACGAGGACGAGAUGAUGUACGUCAUGGGCUUCCUCCAGGGCGGCAAGCUCGUCUUCGUGCUGGUCUACGCGAGCCACUGGAUGGGGUGCUGCUACGCGCUCGUCUUCAAGUUCACACGCGGCGAGGUCACGGUGCUCGAGCGCUACGUCACGUCCGUCUACUGGGCCAUGCAGACGAUCACGACCGUCGGCUACGGGGACCUCCAGGACACGACGAUCAACUCGCAGAUCUUCUCGAUCCUGUGCAUGGCCAUCGGCGGGGCGGCCCGCGUCGCGGAACUACGUGGCCCCGGCGGCAUCAUGUUCGGCCACCUCAUCACGUCCGUCUUCAACGCGCUGUCUCCCGAGACGCACGAGCGGCAGCACCAGGAGCUCGUCUCGGCGAUCAUGGGCUACCUCCGCGCGAACAACAUCCCCCUCGCCGUGUCGCGCCACGUGCUCCAGCACGUCCGGAAGCAGAACUCGCGCCAGUACGUGGACCGCGACAUGCUCGGCGCGCUGCCCAAGCAGCUGCGGGUCGAAAUCUACGACUAUCUGCGACCGUACCGCGACACGAUCCUCGUGGCGCCCAUCUUCAGCGGCUGCCGCGAGCGCUUCGUGAACCACAUCUGCAUCGCGCUCUGCCCCAUCACGUUCCCCGUCGGCGACCACGUCUACGACAAGGGCGACGUCGCCGAGGAGGGCAUGUACAUCAUCAGCAAGGGCGACGUCGCCAUGCGCUACACGGAGUCGGCCGCGCCCUGGGAGGAGCCCGGCGGCCACGAUUCCGACGACUCGUUCAUGGGCCGCGCGACGGUCUCGGAGGCGCGGCCGCCGGAGGCCGCGGCCGCGGCCGACGCGCCGGGCCGCUGGAGCUUCCUCGGUAAGAAGCCCCCGCCCAAGGCGCCCGCGGCGCCCGCGGGCCACCGGCCGAGCGGCGGCGGCAAGCGCGGCUCGCGCCGCGCGUCGAUGACGCUGCGCACCGUCGACCUCGCGGACGGCCAGGUCUUCGGCGAGGCGGCGAUCCUGGGCUACCCGCGGCGCAUCGAGGACACGGUGGCCUGCACGACGACGUCGCUCCUGUCGCUCACGCAGGCGUCCAUCGAGCACGCGCUCCACCUCGAGCCGCGCGUGCGGCGGCGGCUCACGAUCAUGUUCGUCGACCGGCUCCUCAACGCGCGGUGCGCGCGCGUUGAGGUCUGCGAGAUCCUGCAGGACUGCGACCUCGCCUGGCUCCUCGACGCCGCCGGCGACGACGGGUGCGCCGUGGCGCUCGCGCCCGACUGGCGCGACCGGCUCCACGACCCGGCGCUCCACCGGCGGGACGCGUCCUUCGCGUCGCGGCCGCCGUCGCUCUCGGACCCGCCGGACGCGGCGGCCGCGUCGGCGGACCUCGCGGAGCUCAAGCGCGACGUCAAGGCCAUCCUCGCCCACCUGGGCAUCGACGGGGCGGCCCCCGGCGCUCCGUGCGGCCGCGACCGCGCGGCGGGCGCCAUGCCGACGCUCCCGAAGACGUCGAAGCGGCGCGCGCCGCCGCCGCGCACGUAUCCGCCGCUCGCGCCGCGCGCCUUCUUCGUCCGCCGCGGCGGCGGCGACGACGAAACGAACGCGGACGCGGACGCGCCGCCGGCGGAAGAGCCGCCGACGCACUGGCCCGCGCGCGUCGCGUACCUCGCGCUCGUGCUGUCGCCCGCGUCGCUCGCCGUCAUCCUGCUCCUGAGAAAACACGCCUGGUUCAUGGAGCCGGCCACAUUCUCCUACGACUUCGAGCGCCGCGUGAACGUCUACCGCGAGGAGGCCGUGUCGCCGCGCUACUUCGGCGCGCUCGCGGGCGCCCUUUGUUUCCUGAUCUUCGUCAUGUUCGUCGUCCUCUACGAGGACCACGACCACGUGCAGGAGUUCACGUCGUCGAGCGCCUUCGAGAAGGCGAUCCUCGAGGACGACGCGGCCAUGUGGGUCGUCCACUUCUACCAGAGCGGCGACGAGGACAAGGGGUCGCCCAUGAUGGCCGACGAUUUCGCCGCGUCGGCGCAGGAGGUCUACGCGACGCUGGGCGUCAGGGCGGCCGCCGUCGACGUCAAGGAGAGCGGCGUCGCGAAGGUCGCCAAGCGGCUCAACGUACAGCAGGUGCCGCUCGUGCUCGGCUUCGGCGGCGCGUCCACCAAAAACCCCUACACGGGCAAGAGCGACCGGCCCGUCGUCGCCUUCGAGCAGGUCAUGACCGAGAGCGGCUUCUCGAAGACGUCGUUCAAGCGCUGGGUCUCGUCGAAGGUCGUGCCCGGCGACGCCGUGUCGCGCGUCGAGUCCGAGGGCGCCCUCGCCAAGGCCGGCGCGCCCCUGGCCGUGCUCCUUACGGAGCGGGCGACGACGUCGGCGCUUGCGAAGAGCAUCGGCGUCGCGUUCCGCGGGCGGCUCUCGGUCGUCGAGGUGCGCGUCGCGGACGAGCCGUCGCCCCUCGCCGGCGCGCUCAGCCGCGACGGCGACGAGCUGCCCGUGCUCCUCGCGGGCGCCGACGCCUUCACGUCGCGGGAGGCCCUCACGGCCUACGACGGCGACCUGAAGGACCGCGGCGCCGUCGUGGAGUGGCUCGAGGGCUUCGCGUUGAAGGAGAAGAAGGCGUCGUCGUCCGCCAAGGCCGAGGCCGCGGCAGAACCCGCGGAGGAGGCGGGCUGGCCCGCGGGCUACGUCCUCGCGACGGCCAAAUCCGCCGAGGACUACGCCAGGCUCGUCGUGGACGCGGAAUCGGCCGUCGUCGCGUACGACAGGGCCGCGGGCCCCGGCGCGCUCGUGGGCAAGGUCCUCGACUUCGACGGCUCCGGCGCCGUCGUCGCCGUGGAGGUGGACUGCGACGACUGCGCGCCGGCGGGCCCCUACCGCGCCUACGGCGCGGGACCGAAGAAGAAGAAGCCGCUCUCCGCGGGCGACGACGCCGCGGCCGCGUUCGACGCCGCGGCCGGCACGCUCGCCGCCGACGACGUCAUGGUCAUCGCCGGGUCCAUGGACAUGGACGCCUUCAUCCGCCGCGCCAUCAGCGCCGGCGAGGGCGACGCGCCCGUCGGCGUCGCGCUCUUCACCAAAAAGGGCGACGUGUCGCCCGCGAUCCGCGCGCUCGCGACGACGCUGGGCAAGCACGCGGGCGUGAAAGUCGCGCAGUACUCGAACCCGGAGCCCGGCGCCCUCGAGGCCUACGGCGUGCGCAAGCUCCCGUCCGUGCUGGCGUUCUUCGCGCAGGCGCCGGACGAGACGACGCCCAUGGACCAGCGCGCCAUCGGCGCGGCCCAGUACGACCGCCGCCAGUUCGGCCCGCCGUCCUUCCGCAGUUUGGUGGCGUUUUCCCUGGACGUCCUGGGCCAGCUCGCGCCCGACCUCGCGAACGAAUUGGACGACGGCUUCCACGGCGCGUCGAACUUCGACGCCGCGGCGGUCAAGAAGGAGAAGGCCGCGCGCGCGGGCGGGCCCGCGCCGAAGAAGGGCGGCGCCGUCUUCUCGUCCUUCAACGACGCCGACGCCUGGGCCGAGAGCUGCGGCGCCGAGUCGCCCUACGCGCUCUGCGCGGUCGCGCUCCUCGACGAGCACGGCCGGUCGACGUUCGCCGACGAGCUCGCCGUCGCCGAGGGCGUGGCCAAGGCGGAGCAGCCGUCGCCCUUCGCCUUUGGCUGGGUCGACGGCGCGUGCUUCGCCGACUUCUCCGCCGCGUUCGACGUCUACGAGAGCUCGCUCCCGACGCUCGUGGCCUACGCGCCCAAGAAGGAGCGCUACGCGGCGCUCGUGGGCCGCUACGCGGCGGCCGACGUCAAGUCCUUCCUCCGCGGCGUCGUGUCCGGCCGCGUGCCCACGGCGCCGCUCCGCGCGGCGCUCGCGGCCCCCACCGGCGGCGACUGCGGCGCCGUCCACGCGGCCAAGUUCGCGCCGGCCGAGGAGGACUCCCUCGACGACGACUUCAUGGCCGAGCUCCUCGCCGAGGAGGCGGCCAAGGCCGCGGAGCUCGAGAAGGAGGCCGCGGAGGAGAGCAAGCGCCUGAAGAAGGAGGCCGCGGACGCGAAGAAGAAGAAGAAGGCGGCGCCGCCGGAGGACGCCGCGCCGAAGAAGAAGAAGAAGAAGAAGAAGACGACGAAGAAGAAGGAGCUCUAGGGGGUGGUGAGUGGCGUAACUUUCUCUCGGAG